AUGGACGAAGAUGAAGCGGAGCAAGUGGCCAUUAAGUCCCCGGAUCUGACGGUAGCGGUCAUCCGACUACCCGAACGGCUGAUCUUUAUAGCAUCGGUCUACGUCGAAGGGGGAGACGCCACGGUGCUAGACGACGCAUGCGAUCACCUCAGAAAGGCAAUCUCAAAGGGCGGAGACGAGGUGUCCUUAGGAAGACAAGGCGAAGCGGAUCCAAUCAUUGGCCUCAUAAGUGAAUUUGCUCUUAGUAGCUUGCUCAAACGAGGCACGAAAACAUGGCAUAGCGAAGGACAGUAUGGGGACUACGAGUCCACAAUUGACCUCGUCCUGGCCUCCGACAAUUUGGCAGACCUAAUGACCAAAUGUGUAAUACACGGGACUAAGCACGGCUCGGAUCACCGGACGAUUGAGACGGUGUUCGAUGCACCGUGGUCAGCCCCGAAGCAUCAGGAACGACUUCUUCUAAAGAACGCGCCAUAG